GUACGGUCGCCUGACGUCACUCUCAGGAAGCGGCAAAAUAGUGCUUUCAGCAGUAUCGUUUUGAGUCGGCGGGGUCGCGUCGCAUUUAACUUAAAACCAUUUUAAAAGGUUCAGAGAACACAGUAAAGUUGUUAAAUCCUUACAGGUUUAUUUAAUUUUAGGACCAGAAGUAAUUUUUUUCUGUUGAGGGUGUUCAUCGUCACAGAGUGUUUCAACAAUGCCGAGAGGAGGCAAAAAGGGCCAUAAAGGCCGUGGGAAGCAGUUCAGCAACCCUGAAGAGAUUGAUCGGCAGAUGAGAGCUCAGAAGGAAAUGGAAGAGAAUGAAGGGGCUGAACGUGGAAGCUCAUCAGAAUCUGAAGAGGAGAGCAGCAGUGAUGAUGAACAGCCUAAAAGGAAAGGUGGUAUUGAAGGACUAAUUGAAAUCGAGAAUCCGAAUAGGGUUUCCCAGAAGAGCAAGAAGGUUGCGGAAAUAGAUGUCAACGCACCUAAAGAGCUCUCACGUCGGGAAAGGGAGGAGAUUGAAAAGCAGAAGGCUAAGGAGCGAUAUAUGAAGCUGCAUCUAGAGGGGAAGACGGAGCAGGCCAGGGCAGACCUUGCCAGGCUGGCCAUUAUAAAAAAGCAGAGGGAGGAGGCAGCAAGAAAGAGAGAAGAGCUAAGAAAAGAAAAAGAAGCAGAAGAGGCAAAGUCAAAACGCUAAUCCAAGCAUCAUCACACAGGACAGGGCUUUUCUGGGGCGGGAGGGAAGGGGUCUAGUUACUUGGAGGAAACAGCUCAGGGGAAUCCAUACAUGUCAUCCUUCCAUCUAUUCAAGGUUGGAGGAUUUGGACAUUUAUAGGAAGUCAAAUGGGAGGUGGAGUAUGAUGUUGGAGUUUGUUGGGUUUUUAAUUUUCAGUACCACCAAACUUCACUCACCUCUUUCCUCCCCUGACACAUUCACUGUGCUCAGACUCUAAAGCUGCUGGAGUUUACUCUCAAUUUCUACAUUUCUACAAUGUUAUCACCAUUACAUUAGAUUGGGAUGUUAUGGAAGAGUGAGGUAGGGUUGCAGGUGUGCUCACAUGAGCGGAUAGAAAAGAAAGAAGCAGGAUGUAAUGUGGAACAGUCAAACACUAACUAGACAUUUUGUCUUUUUAUGUAAAGAAUGACAUCAACCCUCUACUGUACUGUCUUUUGUCAAUCUUUGUGGCCUCAUUCUGUUUAAGUGCAACAUGCAUCUGUAGUCAUUUAAAGGUUAAUAGAAAGGCAUUAUGUUUGUUAUCGGGUGAAAUCAGGGCAUGUUGGAACUUAAUGCUGCAGGUUACAUCCUCAUUUAAAAUUGAGUUAUUGUUUUUAAGUACUUAAACACAGUAUAAUGCAAUCUCAGACAAAGGCACCGUGAUAAACAGGACAGUAUUAAAGUAGCUGCUUCUACACAGCUGAUUGAGCUGUUGCAUGUUUCUGCGUUCACCACAUCGUCUUCUAUAAUGCCCCUUUACUCAGGGGUUUUUCAUUUCUCUUGAGGUGGGACCAUUGUUUUUUGUCACUACCAGACUCACUGGUGUGUCUUCAUAGUAUUUGGAAGAGUUUUAUGCUUUAGCCCAUUGCUGGGACCUGACUUGCCUUGACCGUUUAAGGAAAGCAAUAUUACCUUGAUGAUGCUGAUGGUGCAACAUUUUUUUUUUUUUUUUUUCCAGUUCUUAAACACAAUUAUUUACAAAGUAUUUUAACAUUUGUAAAACUUUCACCAGUACUGAAAUAUAAGUAUUUACAUGGGGUAUUGAUAUGAAAUCAGUGGAAUUCCUUAUUUGAAACUGUUGUAUACAAAUAAAUAAAUUGGUAAAUGAA